AUGCUAGCCCGAUACUAUCCAAAUUUACAGCUUCUUUUGCGCAUCACAGCGCGAAUGCUACGUUUCUCCCAUCGAGAGCAGAGAGUAUCAAAUCGCCUUAUGCCCCAAGAGAUUGAGAAUGCCAUGGAAGUCUAUAUACGACACGUGCAGAAUCAACAUUACCAACAAGAGAUCAAUCGCCUAGAACGCAAAAGUGAAGUAAAUCGUAGCAGCUCUCUUCGCCAGUUGAAGCCUUAUCUGGAUGAACGACAUCUUCUCAGGGUGGGCGGUAGGCUGCAACUUUCAGAGCUAAGUUACAACACGAAGCACCCGAUUUUGCUGCCCCGCCACUCAAUCCUCACCGCACUCAUUCUCCAUCACGAGCACCACGAACAACUCCACUGUGGUCCGCAAUCACUGCUGAAUGCUGUACGGCGACGGUUUUGGAUUGUCGGAGGAACGAGUGCUGCACGCAAGACUUGUCGAUCCUGCGUCGAAUGUAUGCGUGCAAGACCUACACAAUUGCAUCAGCUGAUGGGACAGAUUCCUGUAGAUCGCCUAGCACCGAAUCCCCCCUUCUCUAUCACCGGCAUUGAUUAUGCUGGGCCUGUUAACAUCAUCAAUCGGCGUACACGUGGCGCUACAUCUAGCAAAGGCUACAUAGCACUUUUCGUGUGCUUUUGCACCCGUGCCGUGCAUCUUGAAGCUGUGUCGGACCUCAGUACAUCUGCCUUCAUUGCUGCAUUCAUCCGUUUUAGCAGCCGAUACGGAUUGCCGAGCAGAAUUCACUCGGACAACGCUACCAACUUUCGGGGAGCAGCCCGAAAGUUCCGCGAAUUAUAUCGACACAUCAACGAAACCGAACGGAACGAUCAAGUGACCGACUUCUUCUCCAACAAGGGAAUUGAGUGGAAGUUCAUUCCUGCGCGAUCCCCACAUCACGGGGGCCUCUGGGAGGCAGGCGUGAAGGUAGCGAAAUCUUUUCUGAGCAAAAUCGGUGGUGAUGCUUGUUUCGCAUUCGAAGAACUGAGUACCGUUCUCGCGCAAGUUUCGGCUUGUAUGAACUCUCGGCCGAUUUCUCCACUCUCUAAUGACCCGAACGACCCUCAACCUCUCACACCAGCCCAUUUUCUCAUCGGUCGACCACUACAUUCUGUGCCGGAGAUCAAUCAGUUAGAACGUCAUAUCGGUUCCCUCAGCAGAUGGGAGUUUGUUCAACGCAUCGCACAACAGUUUCGAGCUCGGUGGCAGAAAGAAUAUGUGCUAUCCCUUCAGCGCAUGGCAAAGUGGCAGAAAGCAGCUCCGAAUAUUUCAGCAGGAGAUUUUGUGCUGUUGGUGGACGACAACGAGAAGCCUAAGCAAUGGCCGAUGGGCCGCAUUGUCGGCACUUUCCCUGGAACCGAUGGCCACGUCAGGGUGGUGGAUGUCAAGACUGCCAAUGGUACCACGCGGCGAGAUGUACGACGACUUCGGCGCAUCCCGUUGGAUGAUGACGAGUACGUGCCAGGACGGAAUGGAGCGGAAAUUCCCAGACGUAAUUUGGUGGGCGGUUUAUGGUGUGACGGAAUCUAA